AUGCCAGCAGAGGGAUCCACCCGUAAACCGAGGAGAUCCUCUACCUCCUUCAUCCUUCCCGCUAUCAACAACAUCCCCCAAUCCGCAACCCCAACCCCGGCAGCAAUGAACGGCGCCAACAAAGAGGGCAAAGAUGCCAAAGAUCCCUACGCCAACCUGCUCGUCAACUACUACGAUGCGGCUCCCCUUUUCUGGCCAGAGUUUAAAGAUCCAGCCCAGGCGCCCCUUCAACUCAAGGGAUGCCUUCCCAAUGGGCUUCUGCCAUGCCCCCUCGGUCCCGGCUGGUCUAUCGAUGUCAAUGAUCUAUUGAUCCUCCACCCGGAUAAAAUCAAGGGCCAGAAGGGGUAUACGGAGUGGAAGUUGAUCACAUGUAGGGCGUGUGGAAAGACGUACGAUGGAAAAAAUGGUCGAAGUGUAGCAAGACGGCAUUUGCAGGACAAGCACGGAAUGCCCUUGGCAGCGCAAAGCAGGCGUAGCCGAUGGGACUGGCUGAAGGGAAUGGGCGAUGGCGAUGGCGAAGACAUACAUGGAAAGAAGAGAAAGAGGCCCAGUACAGCCCCUCGUAUGCAAGCCAAGCUCGAGAAACACUAUUCUGAUUUUCUCCUCAAAUUUGGUCCUGCAGGCCUCGCGACAUCAUACGGCCUGACCCUCAUAGCCCCGAAAUUCCGUCCAGCCCCCGGCGAGAUUCCAGCGCCGUUCACCAUCCAUCCGCAAGAUGCGGGUCAUUAUAAAAUCAAGCCCGCCGCCCGCGAACAGUGGAUUGAUGGGUCAUACGGCAAAGUCAUAGUUCCUGAAGAGAUCGCCAGGGCAGUGGGCGCCAUUUGGGAUGGGAUUGAUUUCGCGUACGCGCCGGAAGAUGCACCCACGGAGAAGGCGGUCAAAAUGGAGGCUUUGGAGGAGAGCGCGCGGGGGCAGGCGGAAAACUCUGCCGUAGAGUCUAAUCGUGAUAAACAGCCUUCCCAUGGCAACGGGAAGGAUGCCCAGGGUGAGCCCUCUUCCCAAGCGAGACGGCAGGCGCAGCCUCAGUCUCACAAUGCAUCUCAGAAGCCACUCCCCCGGACCUCGAAUUCAGCUGAAAUCCCGUCCACCAUGCCUUCGUCCAACCCUGUGGCUCGGGCAGAGCCCGAUACCCCUUCCACCGAGCAGUCAUCUAUACCCCCCUCCGGUCCUAUACCGGCCCGUAUUCCGAUCGUCCCUAUUCCACCAUUACCUCACGCGCAAGCUUCUCAGCCCAUCGCUCAACCUACCCCUUCCACUCAUACCCAUGCUCCUGAAGCUUUACCUGCGGCAGCGCCAGAAGCUGGACCAUGCGUGGCUCAACCUCGGCCUAAUUUCAGCAUCAAAGUCCAGCGGCUAGCUAGCGAUGGUCAGGCCGUUGUCACAAAUCCUAUACCCCUGUCAUUGCGGACGAGCCAAAGUCGCUCACCUGCCGGCCCCUCUCAGCAGAUACCUCCCGCUCUUGUUGCGAACCAGAUACCUACAUCCAUACAUCCCAUACCGAACGAGUUUGCUCCCCUCGAUCCUGCUCCACUCCACAGCGCUGGGGAUUGGCCCACUUUUGUUGCUGGCUCACAGCCUCUCCAAGGUCUGCCGAUAGGGUAUCAUUCCUUCCCGCAGCAGCCGACUCCCGGUCAUGUGUUGCCGAACGUCGCCAUGCCUCCCGAUCUCGGGCAAAUGGACGAUGCUACACGAGCGAUGCUGUUUUCGCAGAUGCAGCACUCGUGGGACGGUUCAGCUGGCGGGAGAGAGAUGGGCGAGUCUUUUGGUCAGCAGAUGCAAAUGGGCCAGCGACCUGGUCUAUAA